AUGUCCCAAGUGUGGGAAGAGAUUCACCCAGAUCUCUCACUUGACCUAACAGAGCAACCGCCAAUCAGAGAGGUACAAACAAUAUUGAGCCAAUCAGAACCCAUUUGCCAGGCAGACCCCCAGCGCCCCACGCUCCCCACCUGGAUUCCAACUGAGCCCUCCCUCGUUCCCAGCGCCCCCUGCCAGGGGAAUUUGGGGAGGUGUCAGAACCUGCCGGCGCUGGCCAUGGGGCGAGUGGCGGCAGCUGGGGCCGUACUGGUGGCACUGGUGGCGCUGGGGGCGCCCCCGGCUGCGGGCGCGGAGCUCUCGGCUGUGUUCCAGGAGAUGGUUAAGUCCGAGUGUCACUUUAUUAACGGCACAGACCGGGUGAAGUUCGUGAAGAGGUUCAUCUACAACCGGGAGCAGUACGUGCACUUCGACAGCGAUGUGGGGCUGUACAUGGGGGACACCCCAUAUGGGGAGAAGGUUGCCAGGUACUGGAACAGCGACCCAGAAUGGAUGGCGUAUAGACGGGAUGCGGUGGACAGGCACUGCCGGCACAACUACGAGUUGUCCACCCCGUUCCUCGUGGAGCGCAGAGUGCCCCCCAGUGUGUCCAUCUCACUGGUGCCCUCGAGCUCCCAGCCCAGCCCCGGCCUCCUGCUCUGCUCCGUGAUGGAUUUCUACCCUGCUGAGAUCCAGGUGAAGUGGUUCCAGGGCCAGCAGGAGCUCUCGGAGCACGUGGUGGCCACUGACGUGGUUCCCAAUGGGGACUGGACCUACCAGCUCCUGGUGCUGCUGGACACGCCCCUGCACCACGGAGUCAGCUACACCUGCCAGGUGGAGCACAUCAGCCUGGAGCAGCGCCUGAGCCGGCACUGGGACCCCCCAGACAUACUGCUGGAUGCCACCCGCAGCAAGAUGCUGACAGGGAUUGGGGGCUUCCUGUUGGGCUUUGUCUUCCUGGCGCUGGGGUUUGGCUUCUACCUGUGCAAGAAGGUGAGGGUGGGGUCUAGGGGGUCGUGUUCCCCCUCCCCUGGAGCAUGCAUGCUCCUUCGGGACACCCCAGCCCGGUGUCACCCCUUUUUCUCUGCCUACAGAGGUCCUGAGCCGCUGGCGGCCGCAGCCCCUCCCCAUGGCCUCAGGUCCAGCUGGGACCCCCAGUCUAUCCCUGCACUGUUUUGGGCGGGGUUCGUGUGUCCCCCCCAGCCCUGCUGUCACUCUGCCCCUGCUCAGCUGCUCCCAGUGUCCCAAUAAAACUUCCCAGUUU